AAAAAAAAUGGUAAAAUUUUAUAUAAAGUAUCAGCAAUUUAAGGCUUUUCAAAAUAGUGCCAAUCCAAGACGAAAUUCUUCAUUCACGAUUAGAAAAAAUAUAAUAAAGCAAAAUGCAACAGAGAGAUGUAGUUGUCAAUGGAACUGUGCCAGCUACACUUGACGCUGUUAACAUAAUAUCAAAUUCAACACAGACUGAUGAUUUCAUAGAUAUUAUAACUGUUAGAAACAACCCUAUUUUUAUCGGUAUCUUCUGUGGGUGUGUGUUCUUGGUGACUAUCUGUGCAUUCUUGUGUUCUUAUUUACGAACAAAUCCAUCAGAAAGAUUUGAUUUAACCUUAACCAUGUCAGUUUCAAACAAUAUUUCUACAUCACAACAAACCAGUCACAAAGACGGACAUCAUGGAAGAGAAAGUGUGUUAAAUCUUUUGAAUGAAACAAUUGACGAAAUGUAUGAAAAUGAAUGA